ACUAGUGCGGUUCCUUGUUGUGAUUGGUUAAGCAGUACAGGAAGUACCUGCCUCGGUUACAUAUUUUUUUUCGCCUUUGUUACAUAUAUAUAAAUAUACAACAUGGCUGGAUUAUAGAAUGGCCACCGCUGCGAAUAGGACAUAUGCAAGGCGAGUUUAGUCCUGAUUAAGAACAUCCCAACAAUACAGUUGGAGUUGUUUUAGGGUUAGACGAGUCCCACGUUACGUUGUUUUAAAGAUGCAUAGUCUCACUAAAGCAACGCUGGUUUUAAAUGGAAUUGGGCGGCGGUGUGUUGCUGUGAAUCGUUUUUCAGGAGCAAAAAUCAUUUGCAGGGGACUCGCGUGUGCAGCAGAACAUGGGGAACAUGAAAUGAGCUUUAUGAUGUCAUUAUAUCUGGAGGAGGAAUGGUUGGGACCGCUAUGGCUUGGUCUUUAGGCACGGAUCCAAGCUUGGAGGGGAAGAAGAUUCUGCUGCUUGAGGCAGGCAACAAAAAGGUGAUGGACAAGAUCCCAGACGCCUAUAGUACCAGAGUCAGCUCCAUCAGCCCGGGCUCUGCCAACCUCCUCAGUGGUGUUGGAGCAUGGAAUCACAUUAUGAACAUGAGAUGUAAAAGCCCUAUCAGAAGAUGCAAGUCCGUUUUUGGAAACUCCACUCUACCACAAGCACUAAAGGUUUGGGAUGCCUGCUCAGAUGCCCUGAUUACAUUCGAUAAGGAGAACCUGCAGGACGAGAUGGCAUACAUUGUGGAGAACGACAUCAUUGUGGCAGCCCUAACAAAACAGCUGGAGAAUCUGUCUGAUCAGGUGAAGGUCCAGUACAAAACCAAGGUGGUGAUGUCUCACCAGGUAGCUGAAUCCAUCCCCUGGGUUCAGGUCACCCUGGCCAAUGGACAGACAUUUCAAACCAAACUACUGAUUGGAGCAGAUGGGCCAAAUUUGAUGGUGAGGCAGGAGGCGGGGAUACCCACGGUCAAGUGGAAUUACGACCAAUCAGCUGUUGUGGCUGUCCUGCAUCUUUGUCGGACACAGAGAGCUCUUUGGUGUGGUCGACUAGCCACCGCCUUGCUGAGGAGCUACUGCAGCUAGUUGAGGAGUGCUUUGUGGACACCAUCAACUCUGCCUUUCCCCCUUCUCUGUCGGUCUAUUCCUCUACCCUCUGUUACUGCCUCUCUUUCUCUGUCUCUUCCUUUCUGGCUUGAUCUCUUCCUCUGUCUCUCUUCCUCUCUCCCUUUGUGUCUUCGUGUCUCUCUCUAUCUCCCUCUAUCUGUGUCGUCUCUGUCUGCCAGUGGCGGGGCAAGAAUCGGCCCAAAAAGCUGGGUCAUGUUCCUCCUGGGCAUGGGCCACGCAUCAGAGUACAUCAGGCACCGGGUGGCCCUCAUCGGGUAAGUCAACACUCAUCCCUGUGGGACACUGAGUUAUUGAACUUCACAUCGGUUUGCCUUGGAAAACCAUUACUUAUAAUUCACUUGGAAUUUUGUAAAUAGAAGGUUUAUAUGCCCUUAUUCUGUAAAGGUAUAAAAGGGUCAUAAAAACAAUCAUUAUCGACUGCAUCUAAAAAAAGAUUUGUUUAAUUCCUCAGCUCAAUCAUUGGUAUUUCUGUAUAUUUGAAGGGAAUUCUUGCUCUGGUCCUACCCCAUAGAUGUAGUGACUAGGUCCUACCCCGUAGAUGUGGUGACUAGGUCCUACCCCGUAGAUGUGGUGACUAGGUCCUACCCCGUAGAUGUGGUGACUAGGUCCUACCCCGUAGAUGUGGUGACUAGGUCCUACCCCGUAGAUGUGGUGACUAGGUCCUACCCCGUAGAUGUGGUGACUAGGUCCUACCCCGUAGAUGUGGUGACUAGGUCCUACCCCGUAGAUGUAGUGACUUGGUCCUACCCCGUAGAUGUAGUGACUAGGUCCUACCCCGUAGAUGUAGUGACUAGGUCCUACCCCGUAGAUGUAGUGACUAGGUUUACAUGGCGGGGGUCUUUAGUUUUCUUUGCAGGGAUGCAGCACACCGCGUCCACCCUCUAGCUGGCCAAGGAGCCAACCUGGGCUUUGGGGAUGUGGCCUGUCUCACUAACUUUAAGGAUCUGGGGGCCGUGCAGGGGCCAUGCAGCAUCUGUUGGAAUAUGAGGCGUAACGGCAGCGACACAACCUGCCGAUGAUGGCCGCCAUCGACCUGAUGAAACGACUCUACUCAACUAACGCUGCCCAUGUGGUUCUCUUACGCACCUUCGGUCUGCAAGCCACCAACACACUACCAGCCAUAAAAGAGUAGAUCAUGGCGUUUGCAAGCGAGUGACACGUACACUGGUCCUGAAGUGGCAGUUUGACGGGACUCCAAAGAUGAUAUGCCACUGUGACUUUGUGAAUGGAAUGUAAAGUGUAAAUUAAUAAAGUUAUAUAUUAUGCUCUGUUAUUACAUGAACAUCGCUAUACCUGCAUGUCUUUCUUUGUGUGUUGAUGAUUUUGGAAACUUCCAAGCAUCAUUCUGUAUCAGUUUCACAAUCUGUUGGAAUUUUUAUGACAGAACAUUUGUUUCAGAAAACAUGUAUUUAAAAUGUUUUGCAAAUGUAUUGAGAAUGAAAUGCAUAAAUAUAUAAUUUACUUAAGUAUU